AUGACGGAGGCUAUGAUUGAGGUUGCGAUUGAGACUCUGAGCUCACUCAUUCAGAAUGAGCUCGGUUUCUUUCUGGGUGUCGAUGCAGAAAUGAAGAGGCUUUCAAGCGUACUCACUACAAUUACGGCAGUGCUUGAAGAUGCUGAGGAGAAGCAACUCACCAACAAAUCUCUCAACGAUUGGCUGCGCAAGCUUCGAGAUGCGGCUUACUUGCUGGAUGACAUCUUGGAUGAGUGUUCCACGCAUACCCUUUCCUUGCAAUACCAAGACAAGGUACAAACCUCUUGCUUGUGCUCUUUCAAUCCCACUCAUGUCAAGUUCCGUUACAAAAUUGCCAAGAAAUUGAAAGACAUCAGUCAAAGACUUGAUCAAAUUGCUGAGGAAAGACUGAGGUUUCAUUUACGCGAGACGGUUCAUGAGAGGAGGAAUGAAAUCAUGGAAUGGCAGCAAACUACCUCAAUCAUUACUCAACCCCAAUUCUACGGAAGAGAAGCGGACAAGGCGAAAAUUGUGGACUUUUUGGUUCGUGAUGCUUCUAAUUUGGAGGACCUAUCAGUCUAUCCAAUUAUUGGUAUUGGCGGUCUCGGGAAAACUACUAUUGUCCAGCACGUCUUCCAUGAUGAGAGGGUAGUUAAUCAUUUCGAGCAAAGAAUCUGGGUAUGUGUUUCUGAAGAGUUCAGUUUGAAAAGGCGGUCAAAAGCUAUAAUAGAGGCAGCUACUGGGCAUGCUUGUGCAGAUUUAGAUCUAGAACCAUUACAAAGACAGCUCCAAGAGGUGCUUGGCAGAAAAAGAUAUUUGCUUGUCCUGGAUGACGUGUGGAAUGAGAACCGGGAGAAAUGGGAUAAGUUGAAAUCCGUUUUGGCUUGUGGAUCGAAGGGUGCUUCGAUUCUGACCACUACCCGUCUUACAACCGUUGCACGCAUUACAGGAACAGUGUCGCCUCAUCAGUUAUCACUGCUAUCAGAAAAUUAUUGUUGGAAGUUGUUCAGACAACGAGCUUUUGGAUCGGAGGAGGAGGAACGUGAAGAGCUUAUAACUAUAGGGAGGGAUAUAGUAAGGAAAUGCAACGGAGUUCCACUUGCUGCUAAAACUUUAGGAAGUCUUCUGUGUUUCCAAAGUAAUGAAAAAGAGUGGCUCCGCAUUAAGGAAAGUGAGAUUUGGAAUUUACCACAGGAAGAAGAUUCUGUCCUGCCUGCUCUAAGAUUAAGUUAUUUGAAUUUACCGGCAAAAUUAAGACGGUGUUUUGCCUACCUUGCAGUGUUCCCCAAAGAUCGAAGGAUGAGUAAGAAACAAGUAAUAGAACUUUGGAUGGCUAAUGGGUUCCUUUCAACGAAUGGAGGGUUUGAGGUGGAAGAUGAUGGUGACAGAGUGUGGAAUGAAUUAUAUUUAAAGUCAUUUUUUGUGGAUGUUGAGACAGAUGAAUUUGCCUACGACACAUGGUUCAAGAUCCAUGAUCUUGUUCAUGAUUAAGCCCAAUUUGUAAUGGGAGAAGAAUGUUAUAGCGGAACAUUCGAGAAUGGUCCACUUGGUGAAAGAACUCGUCACCUCUCACUUGAUGACAUUGAACAAUUUCCUAACCUAUGGUCAUCUCAUUUGAACAAGGUCAAGUCCUUAAAAACAUUUAUAAUGCUACAACAUUAUGAUUUUGAAACUGACACUUGUGAUAGAUUGUUGAAAUGUUAUCAUUUGCGGGCACUUGACCUCAAGUUUUCAAGUGAGGUGUCAUCUUCUAUUGACCAAU